GUGAAUGAAUUAUUCAUAAUUUUUAUGCCAAACUUUAUAGGAUUCCAAUUCCAAUUCCCCUUUGAGGGAUAUAUUGAUCUUUCUCUAGCAUCCGUUCUUCUACUUGCUCUUAGUUCUUUCAAACUUGGGCAGUGAUUCUUUGAAGUCUACAAUGAACGAUUGGGCUCCUCCGCUCAUAGCUGCAGCACUAUUUUGGCUCUUGUCCCCAGGAAUGAUCUUUCAGUUGCCGGGGAAGAAUGCACCCUUUGAGUUCAUGAACAUGAAGACCACCGUUGCAUCCAUGUUUGUGCACACUGUAAUUUAUGGUUUGCUGCUCAUGUUGUUCUUCGUUGUUCUUACUGUUCAUCUAUAUAUUUAAGCAGCAGCAACCGUUAUUGGAAGUAAACUUAUGCGCUGCUUUCUCUUUCUAACUUGAUUGUACACUCUGUUAGUUGCAAUAGUGUUGUGUAAUUAUCCAAUAAAGUAGUUAUUUAUGUCCGUAGAGCAUCUCACAUGAUGUUCUUAUAGCAACUAUGCUGAAAAUGGAAUAGAUGCAACUGGAAGUGAUUGCUAUGUUACUUUCAUAUGCUUUUCCUAACAUAUUUAGAAUCAAUACCAAUCUUUUCCUUCCUUCCUUCU